AUGAAGGUCUUCACAGAGGCUAUAAUCGCCAACCACAACCAGCUCUCCGGCAUCAAACGAUACGAAACGCCAGACUUGGAGAGGUGGGUAGGAAAUUAUGAUUGCUUAAUGGAAAUCCCAAGUUAUAUUGGGAGUAGGGCCAUGAGAGGCUAUAUCGAAGACCCCGAUGUCAAGUUUAUCGUGACGGAGCGAUCGCCGGAAAAAUGGGUGAGGUCGAUCGAUAAUACUAUUGGUGAAGCUGUAAAGGCAGCUCAUAAGUUCCCAUUGAAUAUCCUGAAACGGUUUGACUCGGAGCUGGGUCAUUUCCUUCAUCUCGCCACGGUAAUGUACUGGGCUUAUGCGGAUGGAGCGAACCCAGGGGAUGCCGACAGUGAAGCCGCUCUCUACCAGAACUACGUUGAAUAUAUCCGUACUAUGAAGGGCACACUGCCGAAGGAUAGGCUUCUAGUGGUGAAGCUUGAGGAGGGUCUAGGCUGGGAACAGAUCUGUCCAUUCUUAGACCUGCCGAUCCCCGAGGAAAAAUAUCCUCGCGGCAACGAGCCUGACAAGUUCCAUCGUAUUGUUGCGGACUAUAUGGAACCCAGAGUGAAGGCAGCUAUGCUUAACCUUGGUGCAAUGGUCCUUGCAACGGCCGGAGUAGCUGGAUAUUUGGGUUGGAGCGAUCCAGUUAGUGGAGUCACCUCUAAUGAAAGGUUGGAGAUUCAAUACUUAAAAUCACUUAAAGUUGUCUCCGUCGAUGACGUGAUUUUGCUUAAUUUGUGCUCAUCAGGGACCACGCACGCUAUGAUAUACGUGUGGGGCGAGGAAUAUUUGAGGAGAGUCAAAGGCCCGAGUCUAUGUGAGGAUGAUCGGCCAGGAGAGCCAGAUGACUCGCAUUGGCCAGGGAUCUAUGACAACUCCUUAAUCUGCAGCAGACACCCUGUUAUUUCAGACCGCAAGCAAUCGGUACGCACCAUGUCUAAUGACAAGCUCAAGAGUCUCCCAUCUAACCAUGCGCUGGUAUGUUGGUCACGUGAUGAAAAUACGAAUCAGAUUGCGCGAGUCGACGAUUCGUAUUUCUUGCUUUUCUCUUGCUCUGCCCUCUUGAUCUCCUGCUCAAGAGCUCUUGAUAUAUGCAAUCCAGACAAAGCUGGUCUCAGCAUGCGUGAAAUUGUAGGACCCCUAUGGCCGGAAUUCUUCCAUAAAGAAAAUGUGUACGUCACAACAUUCCAAGGUAAUAACAUCGGCUCUGCAUUCUGGGAGGCUAUCACGGAUGAACAUGGACUGGACACUUCGGGCAAAUUUACUGGUUCAGACUACCAACGUGAAAAACUGGAUGUCUACUUUUCUGAGGUCAUCACCGAACCUCAGAAUUAUGUUCCUCGUGCAAUAUUGCUUGAUUCGAAAAGUGAUACUAGAGAUAGAAUCUGUACCGGCCCUCUUCGCACUUUCUUUCACCGUCGCAACCUUCUCUUCAAAGGGUAUGGUGCCGGCCAGUGCUGGGCAGUAGGGUAUCACACUGCAGGCGCCGAACUCAUCGACGAAGCCAUGGAUAUGGUACGUCGCGAGGCUGAGGAAUGUGAAUGUCUGCAAGGCUUUCAGAUCGUUCACUCACUCGGUGGAGGAACUGGAGGUGGUAUGGGCUCCCUCUUGAUCUCAAGGUUGCGCGAUGAAUAUCCCGACAGAGUGAUCGCAACUUUCUCUAUAUUUCCUUCGCGGGUACCCGAUGUUGUUGUCAAGCCCUACAAUGUAACGUUGUCAAUGAAUCGGCUGAUAGAAGACUCUGAUGCAACAUUCUGCAUCGACAACCAGGCUCUUGUGGAUACCUGCACAGGAACCCUUGGACAGUGCAAUCCUUCUCAUGAAAACCUGAUUCGCUUCAUGGCACAGGCUAUGUCCGGUGUCACGGCUUGUUUUCGUUUCCCGGGGCAGCUCAAUUCGGAUCUGCGCAAGCUAACAACAACUAUGGUGCCGCUUUCUCGCCUACACUUCUUCACGCUUGGAGUAUCCCCUCUCUCCCGCCAAACCUCGGAGUCCUCCAGUGUCCCGAGAAUCACUCAGAAAUUGUUCAGUUCGGACAGCAUAGCGGCUUCUGUGGACCACCGCAUAAGCCGCUCCCUCUCAUGCUUGACCAUUUUCCGCGGUAAGGUAUCCAUCGCUGAGAUAGAAGCGCAACUGGACAAUCUGCGGAACAAGCGCUCUCCUGAUUAUAUAGAAUGGGUUCCCAAUGACAUCCGGUGUACUGCUUAUUUACCUCAUGACUACGAUAUGUCAGGCACUCUCUUGAUCAACUCGACGUCUAUCCAAAAAAUGUUUAGUCAUGUCAGCGAGCAGUUUUCGGCUUUGUACCGGCGCAAGGCCUAUAUCAAUCCUUAUACCUGGAAUGGGGUGGAUGAGAUGGAUUUUGUGGAGGCCGAGUCGAACAUGAAUGAUCUGAUCGAAGAAUACCGGGAGCACCAGGACGGCCCUAUUUGA